AUGGAUCAGAAUACUCUUAUCAAGACUGCUCAGCAGAUCCUCGAUACUACAACCAAGUUAUCGAAGAGUCUCACCGAUAGUGAUAUUGCUAUCCCCAAUGAUCUCAAUGUAGGCACCACAUCGGGUCUGUGGACGACCCACAAUGCCGAAAUCGAGGCCCUGCGAUCCAAGAUCACAGGCCUUAGCCAGAACCUGGGAAUGCUCUUGGAGGGUCCCCAUGGAUUCCUUCAUGAGUAUGUCUCGGUCAACUGGGAACAUGGCGCACUGUACACCCUCCUAGACCACAAUGUUCUCGAGCAAAUCCCUCUGAAUGGAUCGAAGAUCCCAAUUGCUGAGCUUGCGACACGCACCGGACUGCCGGCUGACAAGCUGCUCCGUAUUUGCCGACUUGUCGCCACGGUCGGAAUUAUUCGCGAGGAAACUGAGGGAGAGUUUUCGCAUACUGCGAUUUCGGAAACUCUGGUCAAGGAUCAAGGAUAUAAGAGCUUCAUUGGAUUUCAAACCUUCGAGACGCGAGUUGCGAGUGCGCACUUGGCAGACUCAUUGCGGAAGCCAAACCCCUACUGGAAUGAAGGUCAGGCUGCAUUUGAACUUGCAUGGGGCAUGCCAAUGUAUGAUUGGCACCGGGAGCAUCCUGAAAAGGGUAAACGUUUUGCGCAGGCGAUGCAAAGUGUAUCAAAGAAUCUCGAUGCUGGAAACGAUAUGAUCAUACAGUGGGUCAAGGGAUCGAAAGGUCUUCAAAACGGGAAGUCUCUUCACAUCGUUGAGAUCCAGGGCAAGACUGGAGCUUUUUCAGCGGAGCUUGCAACCUUGUACCCGAAUGCUGAGUUCGAAGUUCAAGACACUUCAGCUGAACUGAUCAGUCGCGGGAAGCAAACUCUUGACUCUGAGCUUGCAUCGCGGGUCAAGUUCUCGCAGAGGGAUUUGUUUGCCAUCAGAAAGUGCGAUGAAGUCGGCGACUACACCGACAAUACUGUCGUUUUCCUUCUGCGUGGAGUAUUGUGGAGCCAUGGCGACGAGGAGGUCAUUGCUUUACUGCGAAGCUUUUUGCCUGCAAUGGAGCACCAGGGUAUCAAGCCGAUCGUCCUUAUCAGUGACCUGGUUUCUCCCAUAUGGUCCACAUUUGAAAGUCAUGUCGAGAGAGCAUUCCGCAGAAGAGAUGUGACUUUGACCACGAUGCACAACGUGAAGCAGCGCACAUCCACCGAGUGGUCCCAGCUUCUUCAGUCUGCGGAUCCCAACUUCAAGAUCCAAUACCAGGAACGCCAUACAUCGCACAGCUGCCGUGGUCUGUGGGAGGUGCAGCUGGAGAUUUAA